AUGAGUGUGAGGAUAUCUCGCUCUUCCUUAGGGCUUGGAGCGUGGCAGGGUGCAGAGCUCACGCCCAGGUGUCGGGAGCUGUGUGCACAUUCCUCCCUGGAGCAGGGAACCCCCGUGAGGAGGAGCCAGAGAUGGGGGCAUCGAACCAGGUGCUGCCCAGGAUGGACAUCUCUGGUCUCAGACAGUAAUUCCCUAGGAGGAAGGGGAGCCUCUGCCUCACCUGCACAGCUCAGAACAGGAAAAAGCAUUACACUCCUCCCAUCUUUGCCAAAAUCUGUGGUGUUUGAGCAGCCAAAGCCAGGAGGCUUCAGCACCAGGGCUCUGCCCUGGAGGGCUCCUGGUCCUGCCUGUGCUGUGGGGGAGAAGAACACCAACUCACAGCCAUUUGGGCCUGACAGUCCCCUGCAGCGAGAGCUCAGCACACAUCCACAGAGGCAAGUCCAGCAUCUGAAAGAAGAAAAACAGAAGGAAAAGCAGCCGGUGAGGAAGGGAGGAGAGGCUCCGUGCGGGAUGAGGCCGGAGAGAGCGAGCACAGGGGCAGGAGAAAGGCAAAGGGACCUCCCUGGGGUCACCAGGGCCUGUGUGGAACAGAAUGGACACUUGGAUGACCAGUGCAGUGCCUCAUGGAAUGUGGAUAUUCCCAUGCAGAGCUGCCCCUUGAACACCAGCUGUGCCAGGAACCGGCAGAACUUCCAAGGAAGCUCUGCAGCAUCGGGAAAGGGACAGGAAAGGGUGCACAUCCCUGCCUUCAGCACACCUCCAGUGGGACUCACCUGUAAAAGCUUUCUAUCCCUUCUGUACUUCCAGCUGGCUUCCUGAAAAACUCCCAUCUUCAUCCAAACAAAACUUCAUCCCACCCAAACCUCUGAUUUUAAGGCAUUUCUGCAGGCUGUUGUAUGGGAUUUAGUACCUGUGAGGGAAGAUUGCAUUGGCUGGAAUGCUGCUGCUGAAUGAUGGCCUCAGGCUGGAAGGGAAGGGUUUUGGGGUGGCUGGAACUCACCUGGCAGCUGUGUGGGACCUCUGCGAGGUUGGAACUGGGAAUUGCUGCCUGAGCCCCUCUGCAAGUGUCCCAUGCUGCCAUCAGCAGGAAAUGCCAGCUGUGCCUUGGGGUGCUUUUGGGCUGUGGGUGAUCUCCAUCCAGGCUGGAGCAUCCCCAGGUGCCCGUUCAGAGCAGCCCCUGGCCCAGGAGCCACGGGCAGCCCUGGAGCCGUGUCUGUGCCAGCACUGCCCGGGCACCCCAGUGUCCAUCCCUGGGACGUGCUUGGCACAAGCAGGACCCUGCAGAGCCCAAGGACAAGAGGUGCUGGUUGCCUUUCAGGGGCUCCUGGCCUCCUCCUGCCCCACAUUGCCAGCUGGGACACACAGAAACACCCAGGAACAUUGCUGGCAGGGAGCAGGAGACACAGAGGCCUCUGUGCAGCUCUGGGACCCAAAAACAGCUCCAGGAGUUGCCAUCAUCUUAGCCUGGUGAUACUCACCUGCAGGAAAUAUCCUAUGGACUUGAAAGUCAGAUUUUACGAUCCCUCUCAACCCCAGUAGAUCUUUAACAUGUCCUGUGAUCUGGAUGUAAAGAGAAAAAUUCCCAGUUGAAUUUUUAUAAA